AUGUUCGGACAGAAUAAACCACGAAGCUACGCCAUCUGGGCUAUCCCGGACAAGGACGACGAGCGCGCUCUCCACGAGGCGAUGGGCGCCGUCGGCGCCGCCUUCCCUCCCCACGUCACCAUCCUGCGCCCCUCCGGCCCUCUCUCCUCCGACCCGGAACGCAUGGUUGAUCUAGUCCACCGCGCAAUGGACGCAACAAUGCUGCAGCGUGCAGUUGUUGAGCCCGACGUCGGCGGUGAGGGCGGCAGUAAGCCAGCCGAUGCUCCCAUGAGCGAGAGCGACACGCAGGCCGUUCUCUGUCCCGUGGACCCACGCAGUGCCGCCUCCCUCGUUGCUAUGCGCACCGCGCUCUGCCAGAUCAGCGGCGACGAAGCGCUGCCUUAUGCUCCCCACAUGACGCUGUUGUACGGCGACUUGCCCCAGCAGCAGCGCCAGGCUGCGGCAGCUGCUGCCGCUAGCGCCCUCGAGUGGCCUCGCUCCGUUACCGUUUCUGAGGUCGCUGUUGCAGCUACCGACGGCGCCCCCAACAGCUGGGAAAUUGUCUCGCGCAUCAAGCUGCAGUAA